AUAUGUUUUAUGAUAUCAUUGUGUCUCUCUUCGCCAAAUGUUCACCGAUUUUCAUAUGUUUAUUAUUGUUGCAAGUAAUGUAACUGUAGUCGCCGACAUUGGAGUGCGCGAGUGUGCAUUACGCCAUAGUGAAAUUCCGAGCAAUGCGUUUAAGCAAGCGCUUUGCCGACGGAGUAUUAUAACGGUAAAUCUAUCUAAAAUGUUUAGUGUGUAAUCCUUACAAAGGACUAUCUUGGCGUGUGUGGGCGUCAAGCCAAAAACCACCGUCACCGCCGCCAUUGCUGUUGUCGGUUGCUCGUCUUGCCGUCGCUGUCAACUGUCAGUUGUCAGCUGUCAGCUCAUCAAUAAUUUCUAGGCGUCAAGUCAGCAAGGCAAUUCAUACAAAUCGACACAAAUGUUGGGUCACUAACAUAACGGCGCCUGUGUGUGUAUGCGCGCUUACUGUGUUGGUGUGCUUUUGCCACCAGCGCAACGUUUGGCGCCUCUUCAAGGCUUUUUCUGAGCCACUUCAUCGUCCUUUGAUAUUUUUCAUCUACAAUUGCAUUUAUGCUCGUGUGUGUGUGCGUAUGGAAUGGUGUUAGCUAUGGACACCCUGUCGGCGCUAAGCCCACGCACACAUGCCCAUUUGGUUUUGCUGCCCGCCUGCCCCCUAACGCCACACACAUAUGUGGCGGCAACUUAAUACAUUAAAUGGGCGCCAAAGUGUGCCGAUAUGCAAAUAUGUAUUGGUGUUUUUGCGGUAACUUGGUCACAGUUUUGCAUUAAUUUACCUUCCGUCAUAAAUUAAACAUUUGCAUUUUAAAACUGACGUCGCCAUUGACAGUCGUUGUAUACGGUUAAGGCGGGCUUUUUGCACGAUUUCGUUGAAUAAUUAUAAAUGUUAUUGGAAAUCGCCGAAUUACAAUUAAAAAAUAAUUAAAUAAACAAACAAAAUAUAAAAAAUAAAUAAUAUAAAAUAAAACUAAAAACAAAAAAAAACAUAUAACAGAUUAUUAUAAAAAUAAGAAAACUAACAACAAAAAAACAAAAUUCUGUGCUAAUAAAAUAAAUAAAACUAUGUGAUAAGUGAAAAUAAUUUGUUGGUGUGUUGUGCAAAAAAUAUAUCUAAAAAUAAUACUACAUGCAUAAAAUUAAAGAACAUGAACUACUGUUAGCUGUAUCUACACACUUCUGGAACAACAACGGCUUAUUUGCUGUCUAGGAUAAUAAUUUCUCCACAAUCAGAGUCCGCGUGGCAUGCAACCGUGUAGUCCAUCGGGCGUUAUUGCAGUGAUGCCGCCAUCGAAAAGUCCCACCAUGGAAACGGCCGCCGGACAGCAAGCAAAUGCACGCCUCAGUGACAGCAGCGCCGAUAAGGAACAAGGCGCGGAACAACAGCGCGCCGCAACGCCAGUUAGCAGCAACAAUAUCACGAAUACAACAACCACCAGCACGAAUCUGCCCAAUGCACGCGCCUGUCCGCUCAAAUUUUCCAUUGCGAAAAUUAUGGAGCCCGAUCAACGCGCCAGCAGCGAAUGUAUUAACGCGCCCGACGAUUCCGAACGCUCAUGCAGUCCCAUUGAGGUCGCCAGCGAUGAGUGUGAGUCAGAACGCGCAGAAUUACAAUUACCAAGCGCUAGCAGCCAACAAUGCGCUAAUGCCGAAAACUAUGAUUCCGCUUUUAAAAAGUAUGUGCCAUCUUCCUCCACUACCGCCGUCGCUGCUGCUGCGGCCGUAGCCGCCAAUACUGUGAACAAUGUCGCCGCCGUGCAACAGUUUGUUAAUACGCGCCAUCAGGAAUUAAUGUCACAAUAUCCCCUUCUGUAUUAUGCGCCCAAUCAGUUGAUGUGUGCCGCCGCUGCAGCGCAAUAUGCAGCACUCACUGCCGCUCAACAGCAGACUUUACUUGGUAACCCAGGUGCUGCCGCGCAUUUGAGCAGUUUUACCGCGUCGCUAAACAAUUUCCAUACGCAAUCACUGCGGCGCAAUCUUAGCGCUUCUGGACAUCAUUUAGCCGCCGCUGCAGCAGCAGCAGCUGCCGCGCAAGCUCAGGCGCAUCAUGCACACCAUCAAGCGCUUGCCAGCGCGCAUCCACAGUUGCAACAGACAUUAGAAAAACAGCAGCAGCAACAACAACAGCAGCAUAAAAUGCGCGAAAGCGUUGCUAGCGCAUAUCACAGUAUGAAACGCAAGCAUAACGCGAGCGCUGUUGCUACCACCGCCGCCACGCAAUCAGCUACGUCAAUUCAUGAGCACAAUUCCUCGCGCGCUUCAUCACCCGCCUCACGUCAUCUACGUUCGCCGUCACCAAACUCAUUGGAUGACAGCCCUAGCUCUACAUCGGGGAAGCAAAAGACGUUCUCAUGCUUGGAAUGUGGCAAGGUCUUCAAUGCGCAUUACAAUCUUACGCGUCACAUGCCGGUGCAUACUGGCGCGCGUCCAUUUGUUUGCAAAGUAUGCGGUAAAGGUUUUCGACAGGCUUCAACGCUUUGUCGGCAUAAAAUCAUACACACCUCCGAAAAGCCGCACAAGUGUCAGACCUGUGGCAAGGCCUUUAAUCGCUCCUCUACGCUAAACACGCACACACGCAUUCAUGCCGGUUACAAGCCAUUCGUGUGCGAAUAUUGCGGCAAAGGCUUCCACCAGAAAGGCAACUACAAGAAUCACAAGCUGACGCAUAGCGGCGAGAAGGCAUACAAAUGCAAUAUCUGCAACAAGGCUUUCCAUCAAAUUUACAACCUCACCUUUCACAUGCACACACACAACGACAAAAAACCGUACACGUGUAAGGUGUGCGCCAAAGGUUUCUGUCGCAACUUCGAUCUGAAAAAACAUAUGCGCAAGUUGCAUGAGUUGGGCGGCAGCGAUCUGCUCGACGACGAUUCGCCACCAAGCUAUGAACGCCGACGCGAGUACACGCGUCGUGAGUAUACGCGCCGCGAAGCGCAUCUCGGCUAUCACGCACACUUACAACAUGGCAGCCAGCUGACACCCGACUCCUCUGCCGGCAGCUUAUCGCCACCGAUCAAUGUCACUACACCACCGCUCUCUAGUGGUGGUGGCGGUGAUGGCAGCAACUCCGCUUGGCAUACGCCGCAGUACCAAACACUGACCAACGCGCACCAGUCACCAGCUUUAAAUGCAACAACGGCCACCAGCGCCUAUGCACCGCAUCACCUUUUGCCGCAGGUGGGUAGCAGUAGCUUUCGUGCGACCGCUGAAUACUCCACAAGCUCCGCUUUCAUUCAACUAGCGAGCGCAGCUUCUACGAGCGCCUCCACCAGUGCCGCACAAAUGUUAUCGGCUCACCAACACCAACAACAGCAGGCGCAUCAGCACAGCCAACAUCAUCACCAGCACAACCACAACCAAAAUUCAAUACAUCACCAUCAUCAGCGUCUCUCAACGGCUGCUGCUGUCUCCGCCAUGGAUCAGGUGCCCUUCAUAGCGAAAGUGUUUUGACAGCGCUAUUAUGCGGACAGUUUGGCCACAACAACAACACAACAUGCCGCCAGCACACUGACCGCUUCCUCGAAGAGCAUACUCAUCGACUGACUGCAGUUCGUGGCGGCCGCUGCAGCAGCGACGGCAUCGGCAUCGGCAACAGCGACGGCGACAGCGUCAUCGACAGCCAGCUCGAAUUUGAUUACAGCACCGUCUUCAACACCCAUCGAACUCGUUCUGGAUGAUGAACUUCUGGUGGACGCUGUAGAUGAAGAUGAGCCGCCGGUGCAGCUACUUACCCACCCAGCUGUGGAACAGCUGACGGAACAGUUCGCAAUGCAACGUACGACAUUGGGUACUGCUGUCGAGGCGCUAAAUGGUCUACUCUAAAGCGCUGGCACUGCCGCGCGCCUCCAUACUGCUGGUUUCAACAAAAUGGUUUCAUGGUUGCGGAAAGCGGCCCUUUUUUACCAAAAGUGAUGAAGUGAUUAGUCAAAGUGUGCAAUAAAAAUGCGUUAAAAAUUCGUGAAGCGUUGAAAAAAUUAAAUAUUCGAAAUAUUUUCUCAGCUUUAACGGUACGUUUCCCUACAUUGCACCCUCCAGCACCUUGCCACACAGCUCUCCAGUGAUUUACCGUGAUUUUUUUGAGCGUGUUUAGUGAAAAGGCGCUCGGCUAUUGGGAUAUAUGUUGCAUUCUCAACUUUUUUAGAAUAAAAAUAUAUUUUAGGGGUAUUCACAUUGUAGAUAAAAGCGGUUAUAUGUGAUUAACCCAAUUUGUAAAUAAGAAUGUUCUUGUAAAUACCGAUGUUGCGCCAUAAAUGUUCUUUAAUAAAAUGGAUGAAAAUAUAUUGUUAGUGGUUUCUUUGUAUAUAUGUAUAUGUGUGAAAUAAAUAUAUAUACAUAUAUACAAUUGUAUGUAUGUGUUUAGUUAUAAGUAUUUCAAUGUGAAAUUCCACCUCUACAUACAUACACACAUAUACACAACCUUUUGCGCCCACAAACAGUUCAAUUUUAGGUGUAGUAGUAUUAGUGAAAUUGUAAUUUAUAUUCAUAGUUACACGUAAUUGAGAUAUAUAACAAUAAGUAAAUAAUAAAUAAAAAUUUGAAUGCUAAGAAAAAAAUAUUAUACAGCAUUAAAGACAUCAUCGAUUUGAUUUUUAGUCAAUAUACAUAUCGAAAUAUAUAUGUAUAUUUAAGCGAACUAGUAUGAUGAAUUGAAUGUGUUUG